GGAGCGGGACGGGACAGCAGUGAAAAUCCACUCCCGUGUCAUCCUCUAGUGUCCACCAGAGGACGCGCUUCUCUUACUUAAGCCCGCCUGCUGGCCCUUUAAAGAGAGUGGAAUCUAUCGGAAGUAAAUUCAUCUUAGUUUUAUUUAGAUAUUGAAGUUACCGAAGGAGUUUUAAACCUUAACUUUAAAUACUUUCUAAAGAUAAAGACAGACAGUUUCAAUGCGUGAGUUUAUAGAAAAUGAUUUUUUUUUUUAAAUUUAUGUUUUCAUGAUUUAUUUUGGAUCCAAACUGAACGGAAACGCGGGAAUUCGGGGUUUAUUGUCAUUCUGGACGUUUGGGGGAGACUCUUUAUAAAGAGGAUGCACAGGUGUGUGUGCGCGCGCGCGUGUGUCAGCCGCUCGGAGCACCUCCUCCUCCUCCUCCUCCUCUCUGCUGGAGUCACAGUCAGACUCCGUCAGAGCUCCGCUCGUCCCCGUUUGGUACUUCAGCGGAACUUUGGCGCGUCACACCUCGGCGGAGCUUCUAGGGGAAAUUACUGGCGGGAGAUGGACUGAACGGACCCCCCCUCAAAGGGCACGCGCGCGUUUGUUGACGAGGGUUCCACUGGCCUCAUGGAGGAGGACGACGGGCAUCAGCAGAACGGCGUCCCGGCGCCCAGAGACUCGGACCGGCAGCAGCGGCUGCGGCUGUGCGUCCUGAACGAGCUGCUGAACACGGAGCGGGACUACGUCCGAACCCUGCUCUUCCUGCAGUCGGCCUUUUUGCACAGAAUCCAACAAACUGCCGAUGAUCAGCAGUGUCUUUCUCCUGAACAUGUCAAGAUCCUGUUUUCAAACAUUGAGGACAUCCUGGAGCUGCACAAAGAGGUUUUGUCAGCGGUGGAGACCAGUUUGCAGCCCGAACCCCAGCCCCAUCAUUCUCUGGGACACGUGUUCCUCCAGUUUAGGGAGAGCUUCUCGGUGUACGGCGAGUACUGCAGUAACCACGAGAAGGCUCUGCGGCUCCUCAUGGACCUCAACAAGAUCCCCAACAUCAGGACCUUCUUGCUGCACUGCAUGCUUCUUGGAGGGAAGAAGAGCACCGACAUUCCCCUGGAGGGCUACCUCCUCACUCCCAUCCAGAGGAUCUGCAAGUACCCUCUGCUGCUGAAGGAACUCCUUAAAAGGACUCCAAAGAACCACGCCGACUACCCUGCCGUGCAGGAGGCUCUGCAGGCCAUGAAGGCCGUCUGCUCCAACAUCAACGAGACCAAGAGGCAGAUGGAGAAGCUGGAGGCUCUGGAGCAGCUGCAGUCCCACAUCGAAGGCUGGGAGGGAACAAACCUGACAGAUAUCUGCACAGAGCUGCUGCUUCAUGGAAAUCUGCUGAAAAUCUCGGCAGGAAACAUUCAGGAACGCGUCUUUUUCCUCUUCGACAACCUUCUGGUCUACUGCAAAAGGAAGUCCAGGGUUUCUGGAAAGAAGUCAACCAAAAGGACCAAGUCCAUCAACGGGCCGCUCUAUGUGUUCAGAGGUCGGAUCAACACGGAGGUGAUGGAGGUGGAAAACGUGGAGGAUGGGACAGCGGAUUAUCACAGCAACAACUACACAGUGACGAACGGCUGGAAGAUCCACAACACAGCAAAAAACAAGUGGUUUGUUUGCAUGGCCAAAAACGCUGAGGACAAGCAGAAAUGGCUGGACGCCAUCUUGAGGGAGCGGGAGCAGCGUGAGAGUCUGAAGCUGGGAAUGGAACGAGACGCCUACGUGAUGAUAGCAGAGAAGGGGGAGAAGCUUUACCACAUGAUGAUGACCAAGAACCGACACCUGAUUAAAGACCGGCGCCGGAAGCUCAGCAUUGUGCCCAAGUGCUUCAUGGGAAAUGAGUUCGUGGCGUGGCUGAUCGAGAGCGGCGAGAUCAGUAAACCCGAGGAGGGCGUCAACCUGGGUCAAGCUUUACUGGAAAACGGCAUCAUUCACCACAUCUCAGAUAAACACCAGUUCAAGAACGAGCAGGUUCUGUACCGCUUCCGCUAUGACGAUGGAACGUACAAGGCCCGCAGCGAGAUGGAGGACAUCAUGUCUAAGGGCGUCAGGCUGUACUGCCGCCUCCACUGCCUCCACACGCCAGUCAUCAAGGACAGGGACUACCACCUGAAAACCUUCAAGUCUGUGGUUCCUGCUUGUAAACUGGUGGACUGGCUGAUCUCACAGGGAGACUGCUCGACCCGCGAGGAUGCUGUGACACUGGGAGUGGGGCUCUGCAACAAUGGCUUCAUGCACCACGUCUUGGAGAAAAGCGAGUUCAAGGACGAAUCCCAGUUCUUCCGUUUCUAUGCGGACGAGGAAACGGAGGGAACCAGCACCAAGAGCAAGCAGCUGCAGAGGAACGACUUCAAGCUCAUAGAAAACAUCUUGGCCAAAUCCCUGGUGAUCCAUCCAGAGGAGGAAGGCUACGGCUUCGAGAUCGAAGAGAAGAACAAGGCCAUUGUGGUGAAAUCCGUCAGCCGGGGCUCGCACGCCGAGAUGGCUGGUCUGCAGGUGGGCAGGAAGAUCUACACCAUCAACGAGGACCUGCUGUUCCUCAGGCCCUUCUCAGAGGUGGAAACCAUGAUCGGCCAGGCCUUCUGCAUACGGCGCUCUCUGCGGCUGCUGGUCGCCACCAAAGCCAAGGAGAUCGUGAAGGUCCCCGACAACCCAGACAGCCUCUCCUUCAGACUCUGUGGAGUGGCUCCUCCUCACGUUCACGCCGUCAGGAAAGGCUGGGAGGCGGCAGGCGCCGGGCUUCAGCCUGGCCAGGUGAUUCUGAAAGUCAACGGGAACAAUGUCAACCACAGUGACUACCAGGAGGUGCUGGAGCACUUCACCGCUCAGCACACUCACGAGGAGGCUCCCGGAGAGUGUAACUGGGUGUAUCGCGCCUUUGAGGAUGUGGAGCAUCUGCAGAGAGAAAGGAGUCCGACUGAGAAGGAGGAGGAGGAGGAGGAGAGCGCCUUCAAGCCGUUUCCAGUGGAGAACGGCUCAGACCAGGAGGAGGAGAACAGGACCAACGGGACAGGUGAUGAUCACGGGCUUUGCAGACUUUCGCUGUCGGAUGGCCUUCCCCUGGUGAGUCUGACCGUGGAUAACGUCCACCUGGAGCACGGCGUGGUUUAUGAGUACGUCAACACGGCGGGCAUCAAGAGCCAUGUCCUUGAGAAGAUCACAGAGCCCAAAGGAUGCUUCAGCCUCACUGCUAAGAUCCUGGAGGCGUUCUGCAGCGAUGACAGUCUCUUUGUACGGAACUGCAGCCAGCUCAUCUCCCAGAGCGACCGCGUGGUUACCAUGCCGCAGUACGAGUUCAGACAAAUCUGUGACACCAAGCUGGAGAGCAUCAGACGGCGCAUCACAUGCUACCAGCAGUUUGCUCAGGAGCUGAGGAACAAGGUGUGGCCCUCCGUCCGGCAGGCUGGUGGCCGUCCUCACCCCCUGGGCUGCAUGGACUUCGUUCCCACCAACUGUCACAUCAACUUGAUGCAGGUGUCCUGUCCCAAAAGCACCACCUCUGCCGGCAGGACUUUCAGCAUUCGCUUCGGUCGCAAGAACUCCAUCUUUGGUCUGGAUCAAGACCAAGCUCAGCUCAACCUCAUGUCUCACACUCUGCACUGCGUGACCAGCAUGGGAGCGCCUUCCUGGAGCUGCUCCGGUCUGGAAGGGGACGAAGCAGAUGGCGGCGGGGAGGUGACUCUAGAGGACGGGGAGGGCGGGAUGGACGGCCUACAGGGCGUGCACGGCGAAGGCGGCCUGAGCUUCCUGCUCAAAGCGGAGGACAUGGAGGCGCAGGACGCCUACAUUCAGUUGUACAGCCGCCUGGAUGUUGCUGUGAGGGAAAUGAAGCAAUAUGUCGCUCAGAUAGACGUCCUCCUGUCGUCCAUCACUGAACCCACCGAGAUCCCGAGAGAAGAGGGGGGCUCGCUGGCGUACGAUCCCAACCAGCCGCCCACCCUGGCGCCCUGCGAGGACGGCUGCGAGCAGGACAAGGCGGAGCAGGGGGGCAUUAAGAGAGUCUGCUUUAAAGUGAAUGAGGAGGACCAGGAGGACUCUGGCCACGACACCAUGAGCUACAGAGACUCCUACAGUGAAUGCAACAGCAACAGGGAUUCGGUUCUGUCCUACACCAGCGUGCGCAGUAACAGCUCCUACCUGGGGAGUGACGAGAUGGGAUCAGGGGACGAGCUGCCCUGCGACAUGAGGAUCCCCUCUGACAAACAGGACAAGCUGCACGGCUGCCUGGAACACCUUUUCAACCAGGUCGACUCCAUCAACAGCCUCCUCAAAGGCGCCGUCAUGACCAAAGUCUGUGAGGAAACCAGGCACUUCUACUCCGACCACAGCCAGCCAGAAUUUCGCCAAACCGAAGACUGGACGAGCCGCUGCCGGCACAUGAUCCACAAGAACAUCCAGGAGGACCCUUGGAACCUGCCCAGCUCUAUCAAAACACUGGUGGAGAGCCUGCAGAGGUUUGUGGACGAUGGAAAGAACCAGCUUCUUCUGGCUCUCCUCAAGUGCACAGACACUUCCCUGCAGCUGCGGCGGGAUGUGAUCUUCUGCCAGGCGGCGACGGCUGCCCUGUGCACGCUGGCCGAGCAGAUGCUGACGGCGUUGCGUCUGCGAUUCAACAACGCCGGCGAAUACCAGGAGGACAGCAAGGAAACCAGCUGCAAGUGGCUGGAGCAGAUCUCCGUCAUCGGUGCUCUGCUGCACUUCCAGUCCACGCUGUCUCCUCACCGGAAGGAGGAGCGAACCAUGCUGGAGGACACCAAGGCGGCUCUGUUGGACUUGGACAAAGUCUCAGUGUUUUUCCGGCAGCUGGAGGACGAGUGUCUCGUUACAAACACACCUGUGUGUUACCAGGUGGAGGGCAGUCGCCAGGCUCUGAAGGUCACCAUGUACCUGGACAGCUGUCACUUCAGCGAGCUGCCCAGCCGCCUGCAGAACGGAGGCGGGCUCAGACUGCACACCGUCCUCUUCACUAGAGCCCUGGAGCGAGCAGAGGGAGUCUCUCAGAGAGAGUUCACGGAGAUGGAGGAGCUGCAGCAGCGCACCAACGCAGUCUCACUGGAGAGGGUCAAGGCCUACUACCGCAGACUCCGAGCUUUCUAUCUGGAGAAGUCCAACCUCCCGACGGACUCGAACUCCACGGCGAUGAAGAUAGACCAGAUACUGGGCCUUGAAGUUAGAGACCUCCAACCAAGCAUUUCCAAACUGCUGCGCCCCCUCAACACGCUGGACGACCUCUGUCGACUGAUGCAGUCCUACGUCAACGUGCGCCCCACGUCCCAGGGUCACCCGUCGGGCGUCAGCGUGCUGUGCGUGUCCUCGGAGCUGUGCAACCGGCUGGGAGCCUGUCACAUCACCAUGUGCGGCACAGGCAUGCAGAGGUGCACUCUGAGCGUCACUCUGGAGCAGGCCAUGAUCCUGGCCAGGAACCACGGCCUCAUUCCCCGCUGCAUCAUGCAGACCGUGGACAUCAUGAGGAAGCAGGGAGCUCGAGUGGAGCUGUCUGCUAAGAAUCUGAAGGUAAUGGACCAGAUGCCUCCGUCAGCUCCAAGGCUUUUCCGGCUGUGUCUGCCGCCGUCAGACGGAGAACUGUAGAACUUCAGAUCAUGGCAGACGAGGGUGCAGCUCGCCUCAUUUCCUCCCUCAGAGAGUCCCUGCCAAUAACACAGCAACUGACCACACCCCAAACAUCUGCGUGAAGACCACGGCGGUCUCCUCUGCACUGAUGAACGACUGAAGCAUCUCCUGAUCGGUUCUCCUCCUCAUAUCAGCGACUCCACAGCUGAUGAAAAGUUUCCCCAAAUGAGUUCUCAGCUGAGCGCAUCGUUAACUGUAUUAACCAAACUACCUGUAGCUGACCGUCGUCUUAAAUCCAGAUGUUUUCUACUUUGCCUCGGACUGCAAGCUCUGGAGCUUUCCCUCUGAGCGCUGGUGUUCCCCAGGGCUCAGCGUUCGGACCUCGACUGAAGUAGCACACUUGAAUAGGCUGGUGUCGGUUGGCUGGAUGAGUAGAUUUAGAGGGAAGGUGGAAGUGGGACUGAAGGGCGGACGGAAGGAAAAGAUUUCCCCUCGGCUUGUUGCAUGUGGUUACUGUGCAAUUACUGUAGGUUUAGCGUGAGUACUGUAUUACUGCAUCAUAUGAAGGAUCCUCGAUAUUUAUUGUGUCCAGAAGGAGCUUGCUUAGACUUUGUCAGGUAUUAAAGAUCUAAAGUCAUUCCAGCUGCAUAUUGAACAGUAUUUAAAGACCAACGGCAGGACAGUUAUUUUUUAUUUUUAGAUGAACCUGCCUGUCUGUGUAUUUAAUUUUAUUUAAAUGUGAGGAAUUUGAUUAUGUCAGAAUUUAUCAUCAGGGACUGAAAGAAAUGGAAAAGCUAAAAAAAAAAGCAGAAUCAGGACUGAAGUUUCUAAAACAAACUAAACGACGGGUUUUGAUAUUUAAUCACGUGUUAAAUUAUUAAUAUUUUAAUUGAAUUCUGCUAGUUUUGUUAACUGAAAAUUCCUCUGACUUUUAAACGGACUUUUACCUUUUGUGUUGCAGCAGUUGCUACAGGAACUGCGUUGAUUGUUACGGUCAGUGUUAGCUGAAAGUAGGAUGAGGUGAACAAAGGGACAGUAGCUGUGCUUUCAUUUUAUGUGUGCGUGGGACACCUUACGCUAUAUAUUCUAUUGGAUUAUUUUUAUGGAAAUAAUAUAGUUCUAUGAAGCGUUUUGUAUUUGCAUGGGAGCAGAAGCUGCCUCUGUCUGGAGCACAGCCUCACCGACGACUGUUACAGAAGAACUCCAUCCCCAGAGCGUCUGCGGCCGCUCGGCGUUCUUCAGAAAUCACUUUUAAUUUAUUGAAAAGGUUCAAAUGAACGCGCGGGAAAAAGAACCACUGCAAACUCUUCAUCUGUCCGAUUGCAUCCUCCUCUAUAUCUGAACCCGAUGUCAUGUAUAUAUAUUACUGCUGCAGCAUUACAUAUCAUAAAGUAGUGGUUUCGUGAUGACAGAGGCACAGGCCACGCCUCUUAUUUGCAUUAUUCUAAUGUUUCUUUAAUGUACAUAAUUGACCUUCAGUUUUAUGUUGCUUGAAAACAACUGUACAAAGGCUUUUGGACGAAUCUUUCUAAAUUGAUCAUUGUAAAUGGAAUCCUAACAAGUUAGUGAAUAAAUAAAAUGUUCUCAGUUUGA